CCUGUGCUUGUUAAGCAGCAUGAGAAGAAGCCUAACCUCAUGGCCUUCCCUCCUAAGCUGGUGGUGGAGCAGUUGACCUUGAUGGAUGCUGAGCUCUUCCGGAAGGUGGUGCCCUCUCAGUGCCUGGGCUCCACCUGGGGCAAGAGGAACAAGCCUGGCAAUGAGCACCUGGCACCCACUCUCCAGGCCACCGUCGACCACAUCAGAAGAGUGGUCAGCCUCAUCAUCACCACCUGCCUCGGGGACCUGAGCAUGACGGUGCCGGACAGGGAGUGCAAGAUCCUGAAGAACCUCUCCUCACCCUGUACUGUCAUCUCUGCUCUGCAGAAAACCUCCACAAACCACCUGAAAAAUACACGAGGGAAGUUUCCUGGUGGGUAG